ACUGCAUUUCGUGAUAGUAUUUAUACAAUCAAUGACAUAUAUUGAAAUAUUAAUUUUGAUGACGGAAAACGAAAAGAUACAAUCCGUGUCAAUAAUGAGCCAUGGUUUCGGUGUAAUAGUCUGGAUCUCGAAGGCUGUGGUAACAGAAACUAUGUUCUGUUUUAUUUGCGAAAUGUUAUAUAAAAGAAUUAGAUCCGCUCAGAUAGUUGUAGUCGCUUAUAUGAAUUAUUAUACAUGUCGUCGAUCUCGUAGAUUCUUCAAGAACAUAAGUCGCUUGCAUCGCAUAAACUUCACAAAGCUAAGCAUCUGUGGCGUAAUUGUCGUGGACGCGGCGAUGCCACUCCGGCUGGGAGCUCUCAUCACUGACUAUACUGUCGUCUUGCUACAGUUUGCCUUCUUAAGGAAAGAGUAACAAAAAAUAUUAGUCAUAUUGUGACCGAUAAACAGUUACAUCUGAAAGAUCUUAGAACUA